CAGUCCGGCUUCCAGCAGCACGGAACCGUCAUGGCGGUCUGGUUCGUCCGGAGGUGAACUUUCAGUUCUGCUUCGUGAAGACUGCAGCUGGGCUCUGACCGGACCGUCAGCCUUCGAGCUUUACCGGCGGAGUUGGAACACAUCCACCAGGUUUCACAGCAGCAGUGUUGCCAGAUAUUCAAGCUAAAGGGCCUGAGGGGUUUCAGCCCCGAAGAAAUGUCCACCAGUAUAGGAACCAUGAUUGUAGCUCCACAUGUUUCCAGAUGGACACAGGUGGAUGUGUAGGCACCUGCUCAAACUUUGCUCAAAAGACAGAGCUUCAGACGCUUCCAGCACCUAAAAUUUGACGUUGGCCUUUGGGUGUGACAACCACGUCCUCCGCGGCCCUUACACGGACUUCAAUGGUGUUAGCUAGUAUUCAGCCAGCGUUCAUUUCCCUUUUACAGUUUACAACAAUUUGCCGUUCCAUCAUCAGCACAGCAUUGUCCCUCCCUCAGACCAUUUCAGUCCUUUGAAAUUGUGUCGUUGUGCUUUAAAUCUCGCAGUGGGGAGCAGGUAAUGGAUGAUGCUGGCCAUGGUGACCUAGCAUAAAUGGCUUUUUUUCAGCACAGCUUAGUGCCAGUAUUUACUGCUGCUCACUCUUCCUCUGCCCCUGCCCCCUCUGCCCAACCCAACUCAGUCUUUUCUUCCUCGUGCCCAGCUCACUGCCACCCUUGCUGCUUACUGCCUAGUCCCACCAGUUCCCACCAACACCAUGGUAGGUGCAAGCUUGGGUGUGUGGAAACUAAUGCGUGGUGUUCGCCAACUGGAGCUUCAUCGCCUCAUCCUGGCUCUUAUCAUCUUCUGCUUGUUGUCCAUGGCUUUUUUAGCUUACUAUGUGUCCAACAGCCCCAAGAUUAAGGAGGCUCCCCCGCUACCUUUGAGUGAGUGUGGUGGCGGGGUAAUGCCACCAGAUGUGAGCGUUGUGGCCACUGAAGGAGGUGCAGGAGUCCAGAGGGCACCUCUUUUCCUUCCCCCACGCCAGGGAAGACUACGACAGGUCAAGACCAUAGACAGUUUAAGGACAGAGCCUGUAGUUCUGGUGUUUGUUGAGAGCAUCUACUCCCAGCUGGGCCAGGAGAUUGUAGCCAUUUUAGAGUCGAGCCGGUUUCACUACCAGACUGAAAUUGCCCCAGGUAAAGGUGAAAUGCCCACAUUAACAGAACGUAACCGUGGACGCUACACCCUGGUCAUCUAUGAAAAUGUGUUGAAGUAUGUCAAUCUGGAUUCAUGGAACCGAGACCUGCUAGACAAGUACUGUGCUGAGUACGGAGUGGGUGUUAUUGGCUUCUUCAAGGCCAAUGAAAACUCUCUUCUCAGUGCACAGCUCAAGGGUUUCCCCCUUUUCCUUCACUCACAUCUGGGACUCAGGGACUACCGCAUCAACCCCAGUGCUCCUCUGCUCUUCAUUACCAAGCCCAACCAGGUGGAACAGGGCCCUUUACCAGGAGACGACUGGACCAUUUUCCAGUCCAACCACUCUACCUAUGAACCAGUGCUACUGGCUGCCACCAAGUCCUCUGAGGCACUAACACAUUUAGGACACAGUCCCCUGCGGGCCCUUCAUGCCACCGUUGUCCAGGACCUGGGCCUGCAUGAUGGCAUUCAGAGAGUUCUGUUUGGAAACAAUCUGAGCUUCUGGCUGCACAAGCUAAUCUUUGUGGAUGCCAUCGCCUAUCUGACGGGGAAGCGAUUAUGUCUGUCUUUGGAUCGCCACAUUUUGGUGGAUGUGGACGAUAUAUUCGUGGGAAAGGAGGGAACCCGUAUGAAGGUGUCUGAUGUGCAGGCCUUGCUCAACACUCAAAAGAAGCUGAGAGCGCUGGUCCCCAGUUUCACCUUCAAUCUAGGAUUUUCAGGAAAGUUCUUUCACACAGGUACGGAUGAAGAGGAUCGUGGCGACGACAUGCUGCUACAGCACAGGAAAGACUUCUGGUGGUUUCCUCACAUGUGGAGUCACAUGCAGCCUCACCUCUUCCAUAAUGUCAGUGUCCUGGCUGAACAGAUGAGGCUGAACAAGGUUUUUGCUCAGGAACAUGGCAUCCCAACAGACAUGGGCUACGCCGUGGCUCCCCACCACUCGGGGGUCUACCCAGUUCACAGCCAGCUUUAUGAAGCCUGGAAGACUGUGUGGGACAUCAGGGUGACCAGCACUGAAGAAUACCCUCAUUUGCGACCAGCUCGAUACCGUCGCGGCUUCAUCCACAACGGGAUCCAGGUGUUGCCCCGACAGACUUGUGGUCUCUUUACACACACAAUCUUCUAUAAUGAGUAUCCAGGAGGCUCAAAGGAGCUGGACAAGAGCAUCCGAGGCGGAGAACUCUUCCUGACUGUCCUCCUCAACCCGAUCAGUAUCUUCAUGACCCAUCUUUCCAACUAUGGCAAUGAUCGACUGGGCCUCUACACGUUUGAGUCUUUGGUGAAGUUUGUCCAGUGUUGGACCAACCUGAGGUUGCUGACUGUACCCCCCGUCCAGCUUGCUGAAAAAUACUUCCAGAUUUUCCCUGAGGAACGAGACCCCCUCUGGCAGAACCCCUGUCACGACAAGAGGCACAAAGACAUCUGGUCCAAAGAGAAGACCUGUGAUCGACUACCCAAGUUCCUUGUCAUUGGACCACAAAAAACAGGCACUACAGCCCUUCAUUCAUUCCUGAGCCUCCACCCAGCAAUCACCAGCAGCUUUCCCAGCCCCAACACCUUCGAGGAGAUCCAGUUCUUCAGUGGGACAAACUAUGACCUCGGCAUUGACUGGUACAUGGACUUCUUUCCUUUCCCUUCCAACAUCAGCACAGAUUUCAUGUUUGAGAAGAGUGCCAACUACUUUGACACAGAGGUAGCUCCAAAGAGAGCUGCUGCCCUGCUACCCCGAGCUAAGAUUCUGGCUGUGCUCAUCAACCCAUCUGACAGGGCGUAUUCCUGGUACCAGCACCAGAUGGCUCACCAGGACCCUGCAGCUCUCAACAAUAGUUUCCAAGCAGUGUUGACUGCGAGUCCCUCAGCACCCAGGGACGUCCUGGGCCUCCAGAGACGCUGCCUUCGUCCAGGUCUCUACGCUGUUCACCUGAAAAACUGGCUGCAACACUACCUGCCCAACCAGGUGCAUAUUGUGGAUGGGGCCAUGCUGCGAUCCAACCCAGCCCUGGUGAUGGAGGGAAUCCAGAGGUUCCUUGAUGUCACUCCAGUCUUCAACUACACCCAGGCCUUAAUAUAUGAUGAUGGUAAGGGGUUUUGGUGUCAGCGGGCAGAAGGAGGCCGAUCCAAGUGUCUUGGAAAAAGUAAAGGCAGGAAGUACCCAGACAUGAGUCCUGAGUCCCGUGCCUUCCUGACGGAGUUCUACCGUGAGCACCACCUGGAGCUUUUGCAUCUGCUGAACCGGCUGGGCCAACCACUGCCACCCUGGCUUCACCAAGAACUCCAGAGUACCAGCUGGAGUUGAGGCCACGACCAAGACAAGUCACAGACAGACCCACUGCAGCCAGGACUGUGGUCCGAGACUGAACCAAACCCCGGUUCUGGAUUAGACUGGCCUGCCCUGAUGGGGAAUCAGCACAUUCAGCCACUGUAAUUGGUGCAAAAGAAGACACUGGUCAGAGAAGGUACAGGAGAUGUUUGGCAGCUUGUUCUGGAAAAGAACAAUCCCGGUUUGCAGAUAACAUCAAAGUGGCGUGAGGCAGCUUCACCGUGGUUCUGUGUAUCUGCCGGCUGGGGCUGCAGGCUGCCUUGUGGACCUCGGUGCACGUCACACUUGGAUGACACUCAUGAGGAACGUUAGGCCCUCAGGUGAGGGAGGUCCUGUGAGUGACGCGGCUCUCCAGAGGAGUGAUUCGACAGCGGUUAAGCUGGACCUGCAGCAGCGUCCUGGUUUCUCUGCUGCUGCAGCUCACAGUCACCUGAUGUCAGUUUGGAUCUGCUCCAGGAUGUGUUACCGCUGUUCGUCACCAGAUGGCGCUGUCUCCUUUUAAAUGUAGCAUGUUCUGCAGCAGCCACAUUUUGACAUUUUGGAGGUUCUCUCCCCUUGUCAUUUUGUUUAGUGUUGUAAAGUGACUGCAUCUAAUGUUGGGGGGGGGGUCCGUCCUAGAACGGUUAUUUUCAUUAGUUGAUGAAAUUUGUCAACUGUUUUGGUUAUACAUGAAUAAAUUCAAGCCAUUUAUCAAAGA